AUGCUCUCACGCCGUGCUCGGGAGAGUAAUGAAUGGUUCUUAGAGCGUUUCAAACGACCACUGAGUCGUCAAGGGUCCAAAAGCAAAUCCAACAUCGACCUCGCAACGGCAGAGAAUUGGCUUAUCCGGCCCGAGAUUCUCUCUUCACUGAAGCAAAACUUCCAGGCUGACUUUCAGAGCAAUAAUUUGUCAUAUGCCCCGGGACUAGGAGGGACCCCGGAGCUGCUAUCGGCUGCUUCAAGCUUUUUCAACCACUUUUUCUCGCCAGCAAUCCCAGUGGAGCCUAAUCAUAUUGUGACUAGCGCUGGAUGCAGUGCUGUCAUGGAUACAUUGAUUAACGAUAUCUGCGACGAUGGGGAUGGGCUCCUGGUAGCAACUCCGUAUUGGGGAAGCUUCGAAGUCUCUUCAGUCCUCAGAAAUGGUGUUAAGCUAAUCCCUGUGCCCAUAUCAUAUCGCAAGUCGCAUUCCGCACAAAGCAUUGUCCAGGCAUAUCGAGCCGCAGCGGAAAACACUCCACACAAAGUUCGCGGCUUGCUUUUCUGCAACCCUCACAACCCAUGGGGUCAUAUUUGUUCCAUCGAAAUCAUAGAUGCGUUGCUUCAAUACUGCGAGCAAGCGGACAUUCACUUUGUGUCCGAUGAAAUCUACGCACUAUCCACAUUUGGUCGAAUCGAAAUACCAUCCUCGGCAAGCGCAGGACAGAGCGAAAAGUUCGUUUCGCCAGAUGCCAAGUUUAUGUCCGUCUUGACCCGAGAUUUGAAAAAACUUGGUGUCAAUGGGGAAAGAGUUCAUGUUGUUUAUAGCAUCAGUAAAGAUUUUGGAUGUAGUGGACUCAGGCUUGGAUGCCUUGUCACACAAGCAAAUGAGAAACUCCGAAUGUCUCAAGCUAUUUUGAACAAUGGUAAAUUAUGCACUGCGGCGCAAGUUAUGGUGGCACCUGUUCUCCGAGAUACUCCACACCUCUCCGCAUUAGUAUCGCUAAACAUCCAAAGGAUGCAAAGUGCCGCACGGCUUGCAGUUCAAUUUGCCGAGUUUCAUAACCUCACAUACUAUGAACCAGUUGCAGGUGUCUAUAUCUGGCUGCGGCUCUCCAAUUCAUGCAAAACUGACGAAGAGGAGGAAGCCAUCGUUCAGCGUUGCGCCAAGCAGGGUGUUUUUGUUGGUAGCGGCUCUGACUACUGUGAAGGCCAGGCGGGAUGGUUUCGUCUCACCUUCGCCCUUUCAACAGAUAAAUUUGUUCAAGGGCUUCGUCUGGUUGAAAUUGCGAUGGAUUAUGAGGACAAGUUUGAUUUCGGGUUGGCAGAGAGCUCGAUGGGAAAUUUUGUCAGCCAUAUUUGGCGAAGACUCGGUCUACUAUGA